CCUGACUUAACCAGCCCGGAUAAUUAACGUCUCGUCUUCCGGUAAUUUACCCGACCCGAUGAAAGGGGAGAGAGCUGUCUCCCUUUAUCUUUCUGGCACCCAGCGCUAAUUCAAAAGCACCACGUAACACCUCCAAUGAGCUUUCAACUUAGCCCACACAACUCUCCAACAAGCAACCCAGACCCAUGCAGGUCGAGUUUUCUAGAAGUGCAGGCGCCGAUUAGACUCUAAGGCGCCAUGGUUGUCUCUUACGUGUUGGAUCUUUUGAUAUUACUUCUGAUAGAAGUGGCCCACCUAGUGAGCUCCGACAUGACCUACUGCCCUAGAAGCCUGUACGACUGCGACAGCCUGGACACCGUGCUGCACAACUCUAUCGACGCCAUCAUCACGCCCGAGUUCAUGUCCUCGGUGCACGAGGACAGCGGCCAGAUUGACGAGCUCUGCAAAUUUAUCAAAAGUCCCGAAUGCUCGGAGCCCAUUGUCUCACAGUGUAAAGGGGAGAUCAUCUACGCUAUUCAAGCAUUCAAAAGUCGCCAGCAAUACAUAUGUGGGGAGAGGUUUACCAGAAAAGGUAUCAGCGACAUGCCCACUUGUGUGAGGACCUACCAGCGGAACUUCGCCAAGUGCAAGAGGACUAGGGCAGAGAAGCUGGAGCAGGAUUCGUACAUGACCCAGGCGCCGACAUCACCACAUCCUUGGUGCAACUAUACCAACGAGUACAUCGAGUGUGUCUUCACCAUCAUGUCCUUUGGCUGCACCAUGAAAGUCGCCAACAAGUACUUCGAACAGGCCAACCAAUCGUCGCCCGUCAUCGAUGCUAUUUAUAGAUACGGCUGUUCCUUCAGCCACCCGCUGGAUAUUCUCAAAACGACGUCACCGACCACGGAAACGACGUCACCAAUGCACGGACCCCACAGCGGUUACACCUACCGUAGACCCAACCAGGGGUAUUAUAAUAGAGCCAAUGGACAACAUCAAAACUCGCAUAUCAUUAACAUAAUGUGUUGCCUUUGUCUUUACGUUUUGUUGAGAGGUCAAGGCCUAUGGAGGAUAGACGUGUCAUGGAGGUCGCGAUGACGUUUCGUGAUUUGAUUGGUGGAUUUCGAUACUUGGAUACUUUCAAUGUUGGUAUUUGCAUAUAAAUCGUUGUAGGAGACAAAGACGAAUGAAUGCCUUUGGAUAAAUCAUUUUUAUCACGAUACUUCUUAGUAAGCAAUAUAGUGUUAAAAUUGUCAACAUUCUAACUCAUUGUCUAAUACGAAAUGUUAUCCUAAAUGGUCAUACGUUGUUUUAGACUAAGUAUUUACUGUUUGCAAACUCUGGUAAACUUUCUG